GGGAGAUUUCAAGGAGAAUCCAGUAAAGCAAAGUCCCCCAAACAGGCAGUGAAUGGAAAAUGCCACGUUCCUUUCUGGUGAAGACCAAAAAGGCUCAUACCUAUCAUCAACACCGCUUUGUGGAAGAUGACCUGCCUAUAGUCACGUGGGAUUCAAUAACCUCUCCCUUCCCUGCCAUAGGAGACAAGGUGCCAGAGGACAUCAAGAAACAGGACCUAGAAUGCAUGGUUCCAAAACAAGAAAAGGACCCAUCUGAACUGAAAGAAGAAAGUGUCCCUGUCCAGUACCCAAGCAGGAUGUUGCCAGGCCCUUCAGCUCAAGAGAUGGCCAUCCCAGGUCUGCAGAUCAAAGACUGCACUAACACAACAAGCCUCCCUACCUUCUACAAACCUGGCUUUUCUUGGGAUGCCUACCACUUGCCGUACAGCUACCGUCAGAUGACUUCCACCAUGCAGUCAGCCCUCCUGGAGCACCAAGUCAGCCUGUAUGGAAGCCACCUCCUGCCCAGCACCGAACCUCCUCUGGAUUACAGCAUGCAUUACUCUUCAGACAUGGAGACCUACCACUGCGUGAAGUGCAACAAGGUAUUUUCCACUCCCCAUGGACUGGAGGUCCAUGUCCGAAGGUCUCAUAGUGGGACCCGACCCUUUGCUUGUGAAGUGUGUGGCAAAACCUUUGGACACGCUGUAAGCCUGGAGCAGCACACCAAUAUUCACUCCCAGGAAAGAAGCUUUGAGUGCAAGAUGUGUGGGAAGACAUUCAAACGUUCCUCCACCCUCUCCACUCAUCUACUGAUCCACUCAGACACGCGGCCCUAUCCCUGCCAAUACUGUGGCAAGCGCUUCCACCAGAAGUCGGAUAUGAAGAAACACACUUACAUCCACACAGGGGAGAAGCCCCACAAAUGCCAGGUAUGUGGCAAAGCUUUCAGCCAGAGUUCCAACCUCAUCACUCACAGCCGCAAACACACCGGCUUCAAGCCCUUCAGCUGUGAGCUCUGUGCCAAGGGCUUCCAGCGCAAGGUGGACCUUCGGAGGCACCGAGAGACCCAGCACAGUCUCAAGUGAAGGACGGCUCCAGGUCUUUGCUGGAGCACCCUUUGCCAGUGCAUGCUCCAGGGAAGAAGAUUCUCCCCAGCAUCUCCAUCCGGCAUGGGGCUGCCCACCUCAUAAAGCUCAUACAGUGUCCUACACUCCCCUGAGGACUGGCAAAUUCACAUCAUUUGCUUUGGUGUUUUGGCACCUCAGGGUUUUGCACUUCCCAGUAGGUGACAAAGAAACCUGUGGGAGCUCUCACUUUUUCAUUACAACAGAUACCAGUCCAGAUCUGACAUCACCUCUGUAAGUGCAG